CCUGUGGACUGUAUUAACCAGGAAGUGUUUUGGUUGGCCAUCUCCUUUUGACACCAUAUGGGUUUAUUUUUUUGUAAACAGAGUCACGCUGCCGGUGCUCGUGGUGUUAAUCUAUACUAGAGUAUAUAGACAUAGCUGCGUGUUUGCAGACAUAACCCGAUUCAGGACCAUUUGAGCCAGUGGCCGCUGGUGGAGGAUGUCUCUCAGACUGUUGUCAGUGGAUGCCGCAGACCAGGGCAGCCAGAGAUGCAGAGUGGGCCCGGCUGUGAUGUCGGCCCUGGGCCUGAGGCUGGGCUCCCCUCUGCGGGUGUCUGCUGCCGGGGGGACCUGCCUGUGCACCGCCUGGCCCCGAGCUGACCUGGCAGAGGGCUUCCUCCAGAUAGACCUGAAGUGCUCCUCUCCCAGCCUCCUCUCUCACCCGCCUGCACACCUCUCCCUCGACCCGGACCAGCUCACACCUGUACCCUGCCUCAAGCUAAGAGGGGUUAAAGUGACCGUGGUUGUCCAGAGUGUGGACUUCAGGAAAAACACACCGCGCCACCUCGUUCAUGAGCUUGUGAAAGACAUGCUGAAAGGUGUAUAUGUGUGUCAGAGGCAUGUGGUAAAUGUGGAGGACUUUGAUACAGAGAUCAGAUACAUUGUUGUUGAAGACACCAACCCGGAUUCUGCCGAGGCCGGGCUCAUCACCUCCAAGACCGGUGUGGAGAUCACCGGCAUUCAGACCCUCAGGCACUUCAGGGCUCAGCUGCAGGACCAGCACCGGGUUCCGCUGGGGGGCCUGGAGGAGGUUAGUGCAUCCCUGAGGGAGAUGUUGCAGCUGCCCCUGCUCUACUCAGGCACGCUGAGCUCUCUGGGUGUGUCCUGUCCCAGAGGUGUGCUCUUGGUGGGGCCUCCAGGUGUGGGGAAGACCCUGCUGGUCCGCAGGGUGGUGGGGGAGGUGGGAGCCAGCCUGGUGGUGGUCAGGGGACCAGAGGUUGUGGGGUCACGGCCGGGCGAGAGUGAGGAGAUGUUGCGGGGUGUGUUCGAGCGGGCUCGAGCCGCGGCAGAAGAGGGUCCCUGCGUGUUGUUCCUCGACGAGUUAGACUCUCUGUGUCCAAGAAGAACGGGCUCCUCGGCACCGGAGAACCGCCUGGUCGCACAGCUUCUCACGCUGAUGGAUGGGAUGAACCAGUCCGAUCGUUUCCUCAUUGUCGGAGCCACCAACCAGCCAGACAGCCUGGACCCAGCGCUACGCAGGCCUGGGAGAUUUGACAGAGAAGUUAUCAUAGGAGCUCCAACCCUGGAGCAGAGGAAGGCUAUCUUGUCUGUUCUGUGUGAGAGGAUGCCAGUGAGUCCCAGUGUUGACUUGGCAGAGCUCGCACAGAGGACUACAGGGUACGUGGGAGCAGAUCUCAGUGCCCUGUGCCGGGAGGCUGCCAUGCAUGCCAUCCGACACAACUCGCAGGGUUCAGAAGAGCAGGCAGUGGCGAUGAAGCACUUCAAUGAGGCCCUGAAGACGGUGCGUCCCUCCUGCCUGAGGAGCAGUCUGGGCAGGACUGAGCUCCCUCCAGUCUCCUGGGAACAGAUAGGAGGCCUGGAUGAGGUCAAACUCAAACUCAGACAGAGUAUCGAGUGGCCAAUGAGGUACCCGGAGGCCUUCCAUCGCCUGGGUCUGAGGCGGCCUCGUGGCGUGCUGCUGUACGGACCACCAGGAUGUGCGAAGACCACCCUGGUUAGAGCUGCAGCCUCGUCCUCCCACUGUGCCUUCCUGUCUGUCAGCGGCGCUGACCUCUACUCUCCAUUUGUUGGAGAUUCAGAGAGGGCUUUAGCACAGCUGUUCCGCCAGGCUCGGGCCUGUACUCCUUGUAUCCUGUUCCUUGAUGAGCUUGACUCACUGAUCGGCUCACGGUCAGGCAGUCAGACGCCUCACAGUGUUCAGACACGCCUCCUGUCCGUACUUCUGAACGAGCUGGAUGGGGUUGGCCUUAAGACCCUGGAGAGGAGAGGGCCGGAGAGGAUCCUCCAGGCAGAGGGAGAGGAGCAGUGCCACACGCAGCAACAGCUGGAUUUCCACGAAGUUUGUAACAAAGAUGUGAUGAUUGUAGCAGCCUCAAAUAGACCAGACUGUUUAGACAGUGCCCUCCUGAGGCCUGGCAGACUAGACCACAUCAUCUACGUCCCACCACCUGACCAACAGACUCGCCUUGCCAUCUUGAAGGUGUGUACAGAGAAAAUGCCCCUGGACGCUGAUGUGUGUUUGGAGGAGCUGGCCACCCAGACUGAGCUUUAUUCUGGAGCUGACCUGGAAAAUCUGUGUAAAGAGGCUGCUCUGUUAACCCUGCAAGAGGAGAGCAUGGAGGCGUCUGCUAUUAAACACAAAUACUUCCUCCAGUCCCUUCACAAAAUGAGCCCCUCUCUCACUGCCCAGCAGAUCAGCAGCUACCAGACGACCCACAGGUGACACCCUUCAUAUAAGCAAUGGCACCAGAGUUUACAUGGAAAGACAAAAAAAACUGUAUUACCAAUUAUGAGUUGGGUCUGCAAUAAAGCAUGAACUGAAAAUUGA